CUGAAAGUUUCUUACCAAUAUAGGCUUAUUUGAGAAGAGAAACGAAAGCUUGGUGUGACCAUCCAUCAACAACCUCUCCACUUCCUGUCUUGAUCUUUUGGAGAAACAAAGAAAGGACGGUAAAACAGUAAAAAAACACAUACAUCAUCAGCAGACAAGGAUCAUGGGAUGUACCUCCAGUGUUUCGCUGCCAGAGAGAAAGAUCGUCCUUCUUGGGAAAGCAGGAGAUGGUAAAAGCAGCGCAGGGAACACAAUUCUUGGAGAAAAUGUGUUCACCUCUAAAGCUUCAGCUUCAAAUGAAUUAGUUGAAUAUAAAAAAAGAGAGAGGAUAGUUUAUGGAAGAAAGAUCACAGUUAUUGACACACCAGGAGACUUUGACACAGGUCGUAAUGAUGAAGAGACAAAAUCUGAGAUCAUUAAAGCUCUGAUUGACUGCGCUCCUGCAGUUGAUGCCUUUGUCAUGGUCAUAAGGGUUGGAAGAUACACAGAACAUGAAAACGAGGUGGUGCAGAGACUCCUGGACACACUGAAAGGGGAAAAUGUCUUGAAACACACAGUGAUCUUAUUCACUUUUGGUGAACAACUGGAAGGCCAGACCAUCAAUGAAUUUAUGAAGGACUGUUCACAGCUACAGGAGCUGGUUAAAAAAUGUGGAGGUCGCUGUCACGUCAUCGAUAACAAAUACUGGAAUAAACGUAAACGGGGGAACAAGAGCAACAGAGUUCAGGUGAGAAAUCUGCUGAAGACCAUUGAUGAGAUUGUGAAAGAGAACGGCCGCUUCACCAGUGAGCUGCUUCAAGAUGUGGAGAAAGGCAUUCAAGAGGAGGUGCAGAAUAUAAACGAAGACGGUUUGCCUCCAGAAGAGCAACGAGAGAAAGCAAAGAAAAAUGUUUACUGCAAAUAUCUAGAGAAGUUUGCAGGAGUAGCAACAGGGGCCGUGAUUGGUGCUCUUCUCGGCAUUGGUGUUUCAGUAGCUUUAGUUACGAGUAUUUUAAAAUCGUAUUUAACUCUAAAAACAGCACUUGAAGUAGCGGGUGUAGGAGCGGCAGAAGGAGCAGCAGGUGUAGGAGGAGCAGCAGCGGCAGGUGCAGGUACAGUCGCUGCAGGUGUGCUUGGAUUUGUGGGUUUGGCAGGAGGUGUUGCUGGAGGAAUUACUGGAUGGAAUGCAGCAGAAGAAGCUGAAUCUGUCUGUGACGCCAUUGCAAACGCAGCAAUGAGCACUUGGGAGAAUGGAAAAUAUCUGAUUGAGAAAACAGAAGAAAUGGUUGGGCUUAAAAGCAAAAUGGCAAACUGAUGAGUUAAUAACAAAACAAAAACAAACAAACAAAC